AAUUGUUUUUAAAAAUUGUGAACAAACAACAAAAACAACAACAAACUCAACGUUGGAAGAUAUCGAACAUCCUACAAGAGAGGAACAACAACAAAGAUCUGCAGCACCAGCAUAAGGAAAUCCCCUACACACACACACAUACACACAAGGAAGCAGACCCACAUACCUACAACGGAAAAGGGAAGUAAAAAGGGCUACCAAGUAACGAAGGACAACAAUGGCAACGCGAAGUGCAGUUCCUCUUCCACCGACCGCAGAUACCAAGAACUGCCUCCAGUGUCUCUUGUGCCACCGCUAUCACGCUUUGCGCAAUUGCCCCGCGUUCCGAGUAAUGCGCCCCCUUCAGCGCAUCGUGGUAGCUAAUGCACAAGGCUACUGCGGUAAUUGUCUAGCGCUUACCCACGUCACUGAAGAAUGUGACUCGCUCGAGAGCUGCAGGCGAUGCAACAAAGCGCAUCACACAAUGCUGCAUCCGUCCGAGCCGCAAACUAGCGGGCUAAUCCCUAAACCAACGACCAAGCCAAAGAAGCAACUACAUCAUCGCGCCACACAGCAGCGCGCAAUAGAGCAGCGCACCACCCAGCAGCGCACCUCACAACAGCGCCCCACACAGCAGCGCGUCAUCAAGCAGCGCGCCAUCCAGCAGCGUGCCAUCCAGCAGCGUGCCACCCAGCAGCGCGCACCACAACGAUGCGCAACACAGCAACGCUCCACAUCGUCACGCGCCUCACCACCGCGCGCCACCCAACAACGCGCCACCCAACAGCGCGCCAUAAGAAAAAGCAGCAAUGAGAGCCAAAGGUCGUGCUCAGUAGCCCAUACGUCCACCGGACUGGAGACGAAGGGAUUUAGGAACCGCACCGCGAAAGGCGCCAUCGGCGAGGCCAUCCGCGCCCUAAAAAAACUGCAGAACGCACUGUCAAACGCGUCCCUGCAGGGCGGGCAGGAUGUCUAAGCGCCCAACAUAAAACUAAAUUGUAAACGCCUUGCGCGCCAACUUCCGGUUUCCCGUUUUUCCGUGUCUCC